AUGACCACCUCUGCUUCCAAUUCCCUUUCAGUCUCUACCUCUACCAAUGCCUCGGCUUUUACCUCCACUCCUGCUUCUAUCCGGCCACACUUCAUCUCUCUGCCACAGCCUCAGACGUUGGCAGAUCGAAUUUCUCUACGAUAUGCCAUGCCUUGGCAGGCCAUGAUUAUCAGCUGUGGCAGUCAAAUUUGCAGUGGUUCCCUUGUUAGCAGCUCUUGGGUUCUCACUGCUGCUCACUGUGUCAGGAACAUGAAUCCUGAAGACACUGCUGUGAUAUUGGGCCUGAGGCACCCUGGGGCACCUCUGAGAGUUGUUAAGGUGUCUGCCAUUCUACUGCAUGAGAGAUUCCAACUGGUGAGUGGAGCAGCAAGAAAUGACUUAGCAUUGCUGCUGCUUCAAGAGAUUCAGACCCCCAUUCAGCUUCUUGCACCUUUGGGACAUCUGAAGAACCUGAAUAGCUCAGAAUGCUGGCUCUCUGGGCCUCGAAUUCUUAAGCCAGGAGAAACAGAUGAAAACUCAGAAAUGUUACAGAUGCAGGUAAUGGGACCUUCAAGCUGUGCCCACCUCUACCCUGACAUAGGCACUUCUAUUAUCUGCUUCAUUACCCAGGCCUCGGGCUCUGACACAAAUGGGGAGCCAGUGACUCCAGGCAGUGCUGUUAUGUGCAGACCAAUGUCUGGCAAUGGUAGCUGGAGACAGAUAGGCCUCACCAGUCUCAAGGCUCUAGCUACCAUCGUGAGUCCACACUUCUCCUGGAUCUUAUCCACAUCAGCAAAGGCAAAUCAUCCCCUAAACAGAGACCUCAUGUCUUGGGUAGAGAAUCCUAAGUCUUCUAGCAGAAUGAAACAGGCACUCACACUGCCACUUUCUUCAAUAAUAAUUAUUGCAGCCCAGAAUUUUGACCCAGAGGCCAGGAAUGUCCCUGAUGCUGCUGCUUCUGUGACCCAGGUGGGGCUUAAGCUGCUGGGUGAGAGGGAGCUUCUGGGUCAGGGUGCCGGCUUUGUCGCCCCUACAGAAAACACAGCAGAACAAGGGAAGGGCUGGUCCCCGUGGCACUGGGGCGAGGCGGCUGCUAGCAGGUUUGUGGACUCCUCUUUGGUGAAUCGGCGGGCUACACGCUAG